AUGGCUUCAAGUAAUAUAUCAGAAACAAAUACAGAAAGAAAUUGGUUUAAUCGAUUAUUUUCGUCCGUAAAAGUAACAACGCCACGAUCUUCGAUGUCACCAAUACAUCGUUUAACUUCAAUAACAAAUCCUAGUUUUGAAUCAUUUGGUGAUAUAUUAAGACUAAGACGACCACCAGAACAUCAUCUAAGACAACAACAACCAACUAGUAUUGAUGACUCAUUAGUUGAUAUUGCAGUUAAUGCUAGAACGGAUACUUCAUCUUUAGCCGAUAAAUCAAAAGGAACAAUUGAUUUUUUUCAUACACCAUCUAGUUCUAUGGCUGCAUCCCCAGGAACUCAUUAUGCUGAUUGGUCAACAAUAGAUUGGUUAAGUGAUCAAGCACGAGAUCGUUUAAGACAUGAAAUUAUAACUAAACAACGAAAUGAAUCUUUAUGGAAACGUUUUGUUGCUUUUCAUGAUGCUUUUUCUGGAUGGCUUUGUGUACUUCUAAUUGCUAUUAAUAUUGGUAUUAUUGCAGCUAUGGUUGAUAUUGGGGCCGUAUGGUUAACAAAUAUAAAAAUUGGCGUUUGUCUACCAGCUUUUUAUCUAUCACAAGAACAUUGUUGUUGGACAGCACCAAACCAAACUUAUGAUGACUAUCAACAUGUUCAUUGUGCAAAUUGGCAUGAAUGGUCAAAUCUUUUUCAUGUUAAUGGCAAUGGUGCAGCAAAAUAUGCUGUAAAUUAUAUUGCAUAUGUAUUUUUCGGUUGUAUUUUUGCAACAGUAUGUGCUAUACUUGUUAAAACAUUUGCUCCAUAUGCAUGUGGUAGUGGUGUACCAGAAGUAAAAACUAUACUAUCUGGUUUUAUUAUUCGUGGAUAUUUUGGUGCAUGGACAUUAUUAAUUAAAAGUAUUGGUAUGGUAUUAGCUACAAGUGCGAAUUUAUUACUUGGAAAAGAGGGUCCAUUUGUUCAUUGCAGUUCUUGUUGUGGUAAUAUUUUUGCUCGACUUUUUCCAAAAUAUGGUCAAAAUGAAGCAAAAAAACGAGAAAUUCUUUCUGCUGCUGCAGCUGCUGGUGUUUCCGUAGCAUUUGGUGCACCAAUUGGUGGAGUUUUAUUUAGUUUAGAAGAAGUAUCCUAUUAUUUUCCAUUAAAAACUCUAUGGCGUUCAUUUUUUUGUGCUAUGGUUGCUUCUUUAAUGGUUAAAGUUUUAUCACCAUUUGAAAAUCAACAUCUUGGUUUAUUUUAUGUUGGAAAUAAAUAUCGUUGGUUUUAUUUUGAAAUGGUACCAUUUAUUUUACUUGGUAUUCUUGGUGGUUUAUUUGGUGCUUUAUUUAUUAAAUCAAAUAUUGCUUGGUGUAGAAUAAGAAAAACAACACGUUUAGGACGUUAUCCAGUUAUUGAAGUAAUUAUUAUUGCUUUACUUACAUUAAUAAUUUCAUAUCCAAAUCCAUAUACACGUAUGCCAAUGUCAACAUUAAUACGUCGUCUUAUUACAUCAUGUGAACCAGAUGAUGAAAGUUUAUUAUGUGAUUAUCAACGAAAUAGUACAUCAGCUUAUGAAAAAAAUGAAGAUGCAAAACCAUUGAGAGGUGUUUGGAUGUCUGUCGGUUUACUUAGUUCAGCAUUAGUUACACAAACAAUUUUAUUUAUUUUUACAUUUGGUAUUAAAGUUCCUUGUGGUCUAUUUAUUCCUUCAAUGACACUUGGUGCAAUAACAGGUCGAAUUGUUGCAGAUGAACAAUGUGUUGCAUCUGGUUUUUAUGCUGUUGUUGGUGCAUGUGCUUUUCUUGGUGGUGUUACACGAAUGACUGUAUCACUUGUUGUUAUUAUGGUUGAAUUAACAGGUGGUCUAUCAUAUUCUGUUCCAUUAAUGUGUACAGCAUUAAUAGCAAAACUUGUUGGUGAUGCUUUAGUUGGUGAAGGUAUAUAUGAUGCACAUAUUAAAUUAAAUAAUUAUCCAUAUCUUGAUGUUAAAGCUGAAUUUAUUGAUCAAACAACAGCUAGUGAUGUACUUGAAUGUAAAAUUCAAAAACAUGAUUUAAUUAUGUUACCACGUGAUGGUUUAACAUUAAAUGAAUUAAUAACAAUUAUACGUACACAUAAAUAUAAUGGUUAUCCUGUUGUUGCUAGUCGAGAUGAACCAUCAAUUAUUGGUUUUGUUUUACGUCGUGAUCUUGAAUUAAUUAUUCAACAACGAAUGUUAACAAAUAAUGAAACAAAUAUGAAUACAUUAAUAUCAUUUUCACGUACAAUACAACAACAAUCAAAUUUUAUACAUCUUUAUCGUUUAUUAAAUCGUUCACCAACAACAAUAACAUUAGAUACACCAACAACAACAGUUAUUGAUUUAUGUAGAAAACUUGGUGCACAAACAAUAUUAAUAACAAAUGAUAAAGGAUUUUUAGUUGGUCUUUUAACCAAAAAAGAUAUUAUAGCUUAUGUUAAACAAAAAAAACUUAAAUAA